GUAGCGCUUUCGUUCAAGUUUGUCUUUUGAGGACUUGCGCUCUGGUAUGAGGCCGACUAGACCCGAGAGCGCAGGGCCGCGAGUCUGAACCCCGCCUGGCACUUGCGCUCUGACUUAGGGAUAUUCUCCAUAGGAUGAUUGCUCUGUGUAGUGAAGGCCUGGAGCGGAACCCUUGAUUGUCCUGGUGCAGGGAGGCAAUGCUGUGGGGCGCAAGGACUGCUUUCCACUUCGAGACUCAAACACAGCACUAGUGGAAACUCUGUGGAGCCGCAGUGUCUCCGGGCUGGGGACUGGAAAAGUUCUGUUACUCCCCUGACUGUCAGCUAAUCCAGCCGUCAGGAUAGAAAGAAGGGGAAAGGGAUGAGGGCCUGCCUCCUGAACUAAUUUCUCCUCCGUAUUGUCUCGGAUAAGAAUGAAAAACCACGUUUAGUCCUUUUUCAGCAGCUCAGGCAGUAGCGGGUUGGGCUCUCAGUGUGUAAAGUAGCCGCGAGGGUUUCUUUGUUGCCACAAUUUGGUAAAUUUCACCCAGGCUAAGAGCUGCGCAUUGGCUCUGGGGAACAAAACCACGUGCAAGGCUAGGUGUCCCAGCUUCACAACCCCCUAGGGAAGAGAAGGGCUGGAGGGGACUAGCAGCGACCGGCGGCGGGUAGAUGUUCCAUCCCAGGCUCCUCGAGAUCUGGAUUGAGAAGCCACUGCCACUGCCGAAAUGGGCAGCAAAACCUUACCGGCGCCGGUGCCCAUCCACCCUUCCCUGCAGCUCACCAACUACUCCUUCCUUCAGGCAGUGAACGGCCUGCCCACAGUGCCUUCGGACCAUCUGCCCAACCUGUAUGGUUUCAGCGCGUUGCACGCUGUGCACCUGCAUCAGUGGACGCUGGGCUACCCGGCCAUGCACUUGCCACGCUCUUCUUUCUCCAAAGUGCCGGGCACCGUGUCCAGCUUGGUGGACGCGCGCUUCCAGCUGCCCGCCUUUCCCUGGUUCCCUCAUGUCAUUCAACCCAAGCCCGAGAUCACCGCUGGAGGCAGCGUUCCAGCGCUCAAGACCAAGCCGCGCUUUGAUUUCGCCAACCUGGCCUUGGCCGCAACGCAAGAAGAUCCGGCCAAGUUUGGCCGAGGGGAGGGCCCAGGCUCCCCUGCGGGUGGGCUGGGUGCCCUCCUAGAUGUGACCAAGCUGUCUCCAGAAAAGAAACCCACAAGGGGACGUCUGCCUUCCAAGACCAAGAAGGAGUUCGUCUGCAAGUUCUGUGGCCGCCACUUCACCAAGUCCUACAACCUACUUAUCCAUGAGCGGACACACACCGACGAGCGGCCCUACACCUGUGACAUCUGCCACAAAGCCUUCCGGAGGCAAGACCACCUACGGGACCACAGAUAUAUUCACUCCAAAGAGAAGCCCUUCAAGUGUCAAGAGUGCGGGAAAGGAUUCUGCCAGUCCAGGACUCUCGCUGUCCACAAGACGCUACACUCACAGGUGAAGGAGCUCAAAACCUCCAAGAUCAAAUGCUAAAUAGAGCCUCUGGGUCACAAGGACCCUGGGCCCAGUGGCCCUCUCCUCCAGAGGGACCAGAAGCCUGACUCUGGCGGGCAGCGGGAGAGGCGCUCGCUUGGGACCUUCCACCUCUCCAACUUUGUCCCCUGGGUCCCUGGCGCACGCGGCACUUCAGAGCCCCGCCCGGGGCCGCGACCCCGACCGUCCCGGCUGCUCCCCUAGGACGCGGCUAAACUCUUGGCCAAAAGGCGGUACUCACGUGGUGGAAGGGAAACUGCAUUAAGAAAAGAACGAAAGCUCCGCGGAGCCGCAGCGGCGCCUCUCCCAGAAGUAUUACUUUUUCUAUUGUUAUUUUAUACGUUUUCUUUUUUAUUUUUGUCUUUGACCAUAUAAGCUUGUAACUCUGACUGCAGAGAGUGAGGGGUGAGGGGAGAGGCAAGGAAGUCCUUAGCACUGGCAGCUCCCACCUCCUCCUCCCGCCCCUGCCCCCUCCCCCGGAGCCUGCAAAAGUGUAAUCCCUGUAUCUGCUUCAGCCUCCCGCCCCAGGGACCGCGGGACAGGAGCGCCCCCUCCCAGCUCUUGCGGCUCAGCCCGCUUCCGUGGGCUCCGGGACUCGGACAGCAGGGCGGGGACCUCAGGCCUGGGUCUGCAGGGGGCCCGGCCUCCGCUGCCGCGACACUGCGAGGGAGCAGCCAGCCAGGAGCCGGGCGUUAUAUUGCGAUUGGCACUUUAUGCUGACCAUCGGUAACGGACAUUUAUCACUGGAGUUUUUUUUUAAACUAAUAAAUAAACGGUUAUUUUACAGGCA